GCGUAAAACACGGCAAUUCUUCCCAACCUGCGACUUGGCAACCACUGAGGCGCACACAACAGCAGCAGCAAAGAAGCAGAGCAAGGAAGGAAGGAGCCGUGAUGAGCACUGGUGGCGAGACAAGCCAGCAAGGCGGCGGCGGCCGCGGCGGCCGCGGCUUUGCCUCGGCAUCCUCUUCCUCCUCCAGGGUUGCAGACGCAAACGCAGCAGGGGUCGAGAGCGACAACCGCGAGGAGCGCAUCCGCGCCCGCCGCACACGCAUCCGCCACAGAAUGGAGGCUGCAAAGCGACGAGAACAAGGGCUGGCGGAGGUACAACGACAAGAGGAGGUGAACCAGGCACUCAACCCAGAUCCAAUUCAAAGCAACGCACGCAUCGCUGAUGCUUACAAGAACAUCGACCUUGUGCAAGAGCAAGGCAUGGAAAAGGUGACGCUGGUGCGGGUCACAGCGGACUAUGCAGAGGCCACGAGGCGGCGGGCAGAGGAGCGCGCGCGCGCGGAGAGACGAGAGAAGCUGAAGCAGCUGCGCGAUGACACGGUGGACAUGUUCCAGCGGGUGUCGAGCAAGUGGGACCAGGCCGCCGCCAAAAUUGACGUGCUGGAGCUCAACAAGUCCCUCGAGUCGCAGCGCGAGCAGUGCUCGGCGAUUGUGAAGAAGAAGGACAACAUGAUUGGCGAACUGCAGGCUGCGCUCAAGGCGAAGGAUGACGAUUACGUGCGAAACUUGAGGGCGCAGGCCGCUGAUGUCGACACCAUCAUCGCAUACAUGGACGACCAGAUCAAGACGCUGUCGAAGGACUACCGGCGGGAGCUUGAGAUGAUUGAGGAGACGUUUAUGCGCGAGCGGCAGCAGCUGCUGGACGAGACGCGCCGCGAGUGGGAGGAGGCCAUGAAACUCCGCCGCGAGAAGGAACUCAAGGCCAUCGAGGAGUCGCGCCAACGGAUUGAGGAGCAAGAGCGGCAGCUGGAGCACCUGCGCAUCAGCGAUUCCGAGGAGUACAGCCAAAUCAAGCGCAGACUCGAACAUGACAUCAUGAACAUGCAGCAGGAGUUGCAGAACAUGCGCGCGACGUACCAGCUCAACACAGAGAAGCUCGAAUACAACUACCAGGUGCUGAAGAAGCGCGAUGAGGAGAACACGGUCACCAUCUCCAGCCAGAAACGUCGUCUUAACAAGCUGCAAGAUGUGGUGAACAACCUGAGAACAAAGCUCAAGAAGCAGGAGGUGCAGAUCCAGGCAGAGAACAUCGCCCUCACAGAGGAGUACACACGCGUGACGUCACAGUUCCAAGAUCUUCAGCGGAAGGCGAAACAUUUUGAGCGCCUCAACCAAAAACGCAUCGACGAUGUGUGGACGCUGAAUGAGGAGCAGUGCGUUGCGCUGGCGCAGGAACUCCUGCAAGCGGACCGCGUCAUCCACGAGCAGCAGCUUGGGCUGCAGUGGGUGCCGCCGCUCGAGGACGUGAUGGACUCGACGGUAUCUGAGGAGGAGCUGCAGUCGCGUAAGGCCUCGGCCGUCGCCCGCGAACUUCUGGACGGACAGGACUUUGACGACGUGGAUGCAGGGCACCUCACGCACGCCAGCAUGCGCCACAUCCUCUCCCACAUCUGCGACGAAGCGGGGUUUCUGGUUGAGAGCAAGCUGAUGCAGCUCCUGGAGCCGCUCAACCCUAAGGAGCAAAUGCUCAUCAAACUCGACGCAAUCUUCAAGGCGCUUCAAGUUGAAACAGAGGACGACAUGAAGAAACUCAUGAAGUAUUUCAUCGCCCACGCCGACGACAAGGAGACGGCCGACGGAGUGCCGACGUUGAUUGAUCCCGUGCACGUCCCCGCUGCUCUGCGCCGCUUCGUCGAGGACCAGCGAAAGGCAAAAGGUCUGGACGAGUCGCUUCGGCCCGCGCGGGGACUGAAGAACAGGAACGCGGAGUUUUGGCGGCGGUUGGUGGAGAUUGUUCCCGACGAACACGACAAGACAUACGCCGCACUCAUGGACGGGCUUGAGAAGUACAAGGACGCGUUGACGGGACGCGAGAAAGCGAUGCAGCGGCGCGAAGAACUUGCGCGCCAGAACGACGAACUCAGAACCCUCCUCAAGACAUACAUGUCAUCACAGGUCAACGCGGAGCUUGAAAUUCCCCCAACGACGGUGCUUCGCAAUCAAAUCCACCAGCACCAGCUCGCAGCACAGGCCUCGUCCACUUCCGCCCCGCAAUGAUACCCUUGCUGCUGUUUGCGUGCGUGUCCACGUGUUUUGUCUGUCAUUCACGUUGCCACUCUCUGCCGUGUCCUUGUCGAAGUUGUUCACGUAUUCCCUGUCUUGUCUGUUUGUCUGUCAAUACGUCGUGUGCCGCCCGCUGCUGCUGUCACCAUUGCUCCCCACUCUCGUAAUGCACGCUUCACUCACUGUCUCUCAAUUCCCGUGCUUUGAUUCGCGCACCCCCUCCCCCUCUCUCCCUCUCUGUGUUCAAGGAAUAACGAGUAAACUGUUCAGCAAUGAG